GGGCCCGGGGGGCACCGAGCUAUGGGGAACGAGGCGAGCCUGGAGGGCGAAGGGCCGGGCGAGCUGCCCACCCUCCCGGCCGGGCUGGAGGCGGACCUCGGGCAGCUGAGCGAGGACGAGAGGAGGCAGAUCGCCGCCGUCAUGUCCAGGGCACAGGGGCUGCCCGGCGCCGGGCUGCCCGGCGCCGCCCCGACGGAGCCCCCUCCUCUGCCAAGGAGACCAGAGUUGGAUCCCAGCCACCAUCCUAAACAACCGGGGAAACCUCCAGAUCCUGGCUCCCCGAGACAGCCCAGCCUCAGCAAAAGCAGAACCACAGACACUUUUAAAACAGAACAGAAAUCACCCGGCAGGAGCCCCUCAACCAUCAGCCUGAGGGAAUCUAAAUCGAGAACUGAUUUGAAGGAAGAUCAGAAGACAAGCAUGAUGCCCAGUUUUCUCACUGAGGGUAACCCCUUAAGUGCUGUCUCCUCAGUUGUAAAUAAGUUUAAUCCUUUUGAUUUAAUAUCAGACUCUGAAGCAUCACAGGAAGAUGUCACAAGAAGGCAAAAGGUAGCUCAGAAAGAGCAGGGAAAACCAGAAGGAACUUCAAAGCCCACGUCCCAGCAACCUCAGCAACAAUCUCCCAAACCAUCACCUAAAAUGCAGGGCCCUAGUAAAACCGGACCUCAGCUGGUUGACUCGACUAAAUCAGCAGCUCAGCCAGCAGGAAAGAGUCGGCCUCACACUCCGGUGCCAGGGAAGGAAGCUCAAGUACAUGGGCAGGGAGCAGCUCCUCAGAUGGAACAGGCCAAACAACCCCUUCCGCAGCGGGGACCACCAAGAUCUCAGCCCCAGCAUCCAGACCUCACAAAACCAGGUCCUGCUAAACCCUCUUCACAGCCACCAGGCCCAACCAAACUGUCGCUUCAUCCAUCUCCAGGCCCUGUGAAGCUCCCACCCCAGCCAUCUCCAGGUCCUGCAAAACCUCCCCCUCAUCCGUCACCGGGCCCCACCAAGCCCCCAAUUCAGCCGUCACUGGGUCCCACGAAGUCCCUCCAUCAGCCAUCAUCGGCCCCCACCAAGCCCCCACCUCAGCCAUCGACGGGCCCUGCGAAGCCGACCCCUCAACUGUCACUAGGCCCUGCAAAACCCUCCCUUCAGCCCUCACCAGGCCCCAUGAAGCCCUCCCCUCAGCCAUCAGUGGGCCCUGUGAAGCCCACCCCUCAGCAGAUAGAGGACCCCACCAAGCCCACCCCUCAGCCAUCGCUGGGCCCAGCGAAACCCCCGACUCAGCGGCCUGGAGAUCCCACAAAGCCCCCCCCUCAACCAUCGCCGGUCCCAGCAAAGCCCCCUUCUCAGCUGUCGGUGGGCCUCCCAAAGCCCCGUCCUGAACUGCUUACAAAACCCUCAAGCCAACAAGUGGGAUCUGGAAAACCUCUGCCACCAACGACUACGUCAUCCCCGGCUCUGGGACCAGUUGCAGAACUGGGUCCCUCAAAGACCUUCUGUCCCCUUUGCACUACUACCGAGCUGCUGCUGCACACUCCUGAAAAGGCCAACUACAAUACUUGCACUCAGUGUCAAACCACAGUCUGCAGCCUCUGUGGAUUUAACCCCAGUCCACAUAUUACAGAGAUCAAAGAAUGGCUCUGUUUAAACUGCCAGAUGCAAAGAGCAUUAGGAGGGAGUUUAGCUGCUGCCCCACCACCACCUCAGCCGAAACCGAAGACUGCCCCCACAGCUCCCCUGACUUCAGCAACCAAGCCAGCUCCCCAGCUGCCUUCCCAGAAGAAAGACGGGGCCCCCAUACCUGAUCAUCCAAAGCCUCCCGACACUAAGAAGCCCUCACUCCUCACGAAACAGCCUUCCAUCUCUGGCUCUCCCCCAACGAAAGCCAAACCGCGCCCCCCAGACUCUGUGAUGCCACCCACCCCGCCCACUGGAACCUCUUCCAAAGCGGAGCAAGUCAGGGCCCCAAUGGCUGAUGUCAAACUAAAGCCGUCCAAGCCACAAAAGUCCCCUGCCGACAUGGUGGCUCCCUCCACGGCUGUGAUAAAGUCAGUCUUGCCCGGCUCCAAAGUUCAACCACAGGCUCAGGAGAAAACAGCCCAGAGAGCAAAACCUGAUCCUGGCAAAGCACCACAAAGCAUUCCUCCCCUUUCAGACAAGGAGACGCCGAAAGAUUCCAAAUCCCGGCCUCCAGUGACAUUGGAUUCCAAACCUGUCUCCCAACCCGGGCCUGGCUCUGGGACCAAAGGUCAAAAACCAGUUGAUCCAGUCCUAAAGAAGGAAGACCUGAAGAAAGCACAAACAAAAAUGAGUCCGAAGCCAGAUGCCAAGCAGGUGCCAAAAGGACCCCCAGUGCCCACAGCUCCUAAGCCUUGUCCUGCACUCCCCGGGCCUGGACCCCAGCAGCCUCCCAAGGCACAAGAGCAGAUGAGGCGUUUCAGCCUCAACCUUGGAAGCAUUACCGAUACCCCGAAAUCGCAGCCCACGACUCCUCAAGAGACAGUCACCGGGAAACUCUUUGGUUUUGGAGCAUCGAUUUUUAGCCAGGCUUCUAGUUUAAUCUCCACUGCAGGCCAGACGGGACCUCAAGGGCUAAGUGGACCAGGGGCCCCAGAAGCAAAACAGCCUUUCCCCUCCUCACAGACUCCUGCAUCCCGUGGGCCACCAAAAGCCACCCCUGUGAAGAAGGAAACAAAAGCCCUUCUAGGGGCCGAUAGAGUCACUCUGCCCAAGGUUGAACAAGUUUCCAAAGUGAAAGGAAUGGAGCCUGAGAGGAGGUCACCUCCCACCCAGGACAGUAGGCCUCAAACUGCUGAGUCCAGACAGAGCUUCGAGCCUCCCACAGCAGAAAAACCCACCCAGCCUCAACCCACCUGCCCUGUGUGUAAAACUGGACUAAACGUAGGUUCAAAAGAUUCCCCGAACUUCAGCACCUGUACAGAAUGCAAGAAGGUUGUGUGUAAUCUCUGUGGAUUUAACCCAACGCCUCACAUCACUGAGGUUGAAGAAUGGCUCUGCUUAAACUGCCAGACCCAAAGAGCAAUAUCAGGGCAACUUGGCAAGGAGGACAAAAUACCACCAUCAGUACCAUCCAUCCUUGCCCAGUCGGUACCCAAGUCAUCUGCUGGUCCUCCAAGUGAACCUCUUCUGACAGAGCAGCCUUUCCUGAAAAUGCCAGUCCUGCCACCACAUGCAGUAGAAACAAAGAAAGAACAAGAAGCUCAAAAUGAAGUUGUCAAAGUAGCACAAGAAGUCACCAAAAUACCUUCCCUUGAGGAAAUAGGCUCCAAAGAAAGCACAGAUCAGAAACUAGAAAAAAGUAAACUGGAAAGAGAUAAGACAGCAGAUUCUGAAGACAAAAAGCCACCUUCACAGGAGGAGCAAAAGCAAGAUGUAAGUCAGUUUAAGGAACAAAUUGUUGAAGAGAAGCCACAAGACACAGGACCUCCUGAAAAGGAGGAAGUUGAUAGACAACCACAGGUUAAAACUGAGGAUUUACCCUCCGGAAUUCCAGAGUCUACAUCUAAAGAUGAAAAAACUCAACAUGAAGAAACCCAGGCUCAAGGAACACCAUUAAAGAGAUCUGAUCAGGUUGAAUUAGUCAAAGAGAAAACAGAAAAAGAAGAUGACAAAUCAGACGCUUCAAGUUCUCAGCAACAGAAAAGCCCUCAGGGGCUGAGUGAUACAGGAUAUUCUUCCGAUGGGAUAUCAAGUUCACUUGGUGAAAUUCCAAGUCUUAUCCCAAGUGAUGAAAAGGAUUUCCUGAAGGGACUGAAAAAAGACUCUUUUUCCCAAGAGAGUAGUCCCUCUAGCCCCUCUGAUCUGGCAAAGUUAGAAAGCACCGUGCUGUCCAUCUUGGAAGCACAAGCAAGUACAUUUGUUAGUGAAAAACCUGAAAAGAAAGCAGACCUUUGUGUUGUGUUUGGUGAGCCGUCCAAAGAACUACAGAAGAUGAAGUUAUCACUAGGACCACUGGAAUCCUUCAGUUCAGAUGAAGAAGAGCCUCAGGAGGUUCAAGAACCUGGAGGAGCUCAUGUCACAGAGGGCAAGCCAAGCACCCCUCUGAAGAGCCCCAAAGAAAAAACUGACUCACAGGAAGGGGCAUCGGAAAGAAAGCAACGAUAUGAUUCUGUGGAAGACAGCAGUGAAAGUGAAAAUUCACCUGUCCCACAGAGGAAGAGAAGAGCUAGUGUUGGUUCAUCAAGCAGCGAUGAGUACAAACAAGAAGACAGUCAAGGAUCAGGGGAUGAUGAAGAUUUUAUUCGAAAACAGAUCAUAGAGAUGAGUGCUGAUGAAGAUGCUUCAGGCUCAGAAGAUGAGGAGUUCAUUAGGAAGCAGUUCAAAGAAAUUGGAGGCAGCCAGAAGAAGGAAGAAGCUAAAGCUAAGAUAAAAGGCACUGCUGGGAAGCACAGGAGAAUGAUCAGGAAAAGUAGUGCGAGCUUUGAUGAUGAUGCGGGAAGACGUCAUUCCUGGCAUGAUGAAGAUGAUGAAACCUUCGAUGAAAGCCCUGAACCUAAAUAUAGAGAGACCAAGAGUCAGGAGAGUGAAGAGCUCAGUAUUUCUGGAGGAGGAGGUCUUCGGCGGUUCAAAACGAUCGAGCUCAACAGCACAAUGGCCGUUAAGUAUUCUGAGGAAUCGGUGCAGAAGAAAGCCACUUUGUAUUUUGACGAAGAACCAGAGCUAGAGAUGGAGAGUCUGACAGAUUCACCCGAAGAUAGGUCGAGGGGAGAAGGCUCUUCCAGCCUGCAUGCCUCCAGUUUCACUCCUGGCACCUCUCCCACCUCCGUGUCAUCCCUCGAUGAGGACAGCGACAGCAGCCCCAGUCAUAAAAAGGGAGAAAGCAAGCAGCAGCGAAAGGCGAGGCACAGGACACAUGGUCCCCUCCUUCCCACUAUCGAAGAUUCUUCUGAAGAAGAAGAGAUGAGAGAGGAAGAAGAACUGUUAAAGGAGCAGGAGAAACAGCGGGAGCUAGAGCAGCAACAAAGAAAGAGUUCAAGUAAGAAAUCAAAGAAAGACAAAGAUGAACUCCGAGCUCAGAGAAGAAGAGAGAGGCCCAAAACCCCGCCAAGUAAUCUUUCCCCAAUUGAGGAUGCUUCUCCCACCGAAGAACUGCGCCAGGCAGCUGAAAUGGAAGAGUUGCACCGAUCCUCUUGUUCCGAAUAUUCGCCCAGCAUAGAAUCAGACCCGGAAGGAUUUGAAAUUAGCCCAGAGAAAAUAAUAGAAGUACAGAAAGUUUAUAAAUUGCCUACAGCUGUGUCUUUAUAUUCUCCCACAGAUGAGCAGUCUUUUACAGUUCUGAAUGAGGAAGGCAGUCAAAAGGCAUUAAAAAGUGCCGAAGAGAUGUAUGAAGAAAUAAUGCAUAAAUCCCAGAAAUCUAAAGCCAUUGAGAAGGAAGAAGUUUUUGAAAAAGAACCCCUAUAUGGUGGCAUGUUAAUAGAAGAUUAUAUAUAUGAAUCCUUAGUAGAGGACACUUAUGAUGAAUCUGGAGAAAAUGGUCUGGUAGCAAGGCCAGAAGAGGAAAAUGAAUUUAUUCAGCAAAGGAACAGGGAGAGGAAACUUAGGCUUCCAGAGCAGAUCUAUGAAGAAUCUAUGCAGAAAAUUUCAGACCUACAAAAGGAAUUUUAUGAUCUAGAGACUUUGCAUUCCAUCGUGCCUCAAGAAGACAUUGUGUCUAGCUCUUACAUCAUACCUGAGAGCCACGAAAUCAUCGUUCUAGGCAGUGUGGUACCUUCGACUAGUGAAGAGAAACGGUUGUUAGAUGCAGAUGCUGCCUAUGAGGAACUUAUGAAAAGGCAGCAGAUGCAAUUAAGCCCAGACUCUAGUCCAGUUCACCCAACUUCAGAGAUGGAGGCAAUCAAAUCUGCCCUGGAUUUAGACAAGAUGCCUGAUACAUCUUUGACAUCGAGUAUCCUUUCGGCAGCUUCACUCACAGAUUCCACCAGCAGCACCACACUCUCUAUCCCGGAUGUCAAAAUAACUCAGCACUUUUCAGCAGAAGAAAUAGAGGAUGAAUACGUAACCGAUUACACCAGAGAAAUUCAAGAGAUCAUUUCCCACGAAUCCUCAAUUUUGACUUACUCGGAGCAAUCUGAAAGUGCUGCUUCUGUGCCACCAUCUGACUCACCGUCUCUUACAUCAUCCAUUUCUUCCGUGUCUACUAUGGAUAGCUCCUCCCCGGUUGCUGCUCAGGAUACCAUCAUUUCAGUGUAUGCAGAGAGUGUGGAUCAAGUUGCCCCAUUUGGGGAUUCCGAAGAGACCCCCUCUUUGUCUCAUUUUCCAGUUCUUGGGAUCAAGGACUCUGAAAAAGAAGUGUCAGUGGAUGAGUCCGCUCUGCUUCUUGUCAGAACAAGUGGUGAUUUUACCAUGAUUCCUUUGCCUCAAGGGGCCACUAGUGUCACCACGCCCAUGCCAAUGAAGCCAUUUAUUUUGGAUUCCAUUUCUUUAGAUCCAUCGGUAUCUGAAAAAGGUCCGGCAAGGAAACCUAAGGAUGGAAAUGGAAUUUCUCUGGCAGCAUACAAAGGAAAAAGCAGGGAGAAUGGAUCCCAUAUGCCGAGAAUCAGCUUAGCUGAUUCCUUGUCUGACCAAACAAUUCCUUGUGUAGCACCAGCUAUAGUUAGGGAGCCACUACCGAGUAUCCCCUCUGCAGCUGUACCUCGGUUACCAUCUGUGACUCCUUUAAUUCCUCCUAUUUCAUCUAAAGUGGCUCCACUUUUGAGAAGUUCUUCUUUAGAUUCACCCAUCCCACCUUCUCUCCCUCCACCACCUCCACCUCCACCCCUUCCACCAACUCUACCAAAGCCAGCAGUCUAUCCGAAAAAGAAGCCACCAGCAAUUACGACCUCAGUGACAAUAACCACCACAGCAGUCUCUUCGGUUGCUAGUAUUGUAACUAUCGAUGCCCUUCCUGUCCUGAAGAACAAUGUCACCCAUGUGACGAAAACAUGCACUCCUUCCCCACCACCUGUUCCUCCAAAACCGUCUUCGAUUCCUUCAGGACUGGUGUUUACUCAUAGACCUAUUGAGGGAGCUAAACCACCAAUUGCCCCCAAACCAACAAUUCCUCAACUUCCAGUCACUGUCCAGAGACCAGCAGAAAUACAUCCUAAGCCGACAGGCUUGUCUUUCACUUCAAGCAUGACACUCAAUUUAGUUUCUUCACCUGAUUACAAGUUGCCCUCCCCCACCUCCCCGUUGUCUCCACACUCUAACAAGUCUUCCCCCAGGCUGUCCAAGUCAUUGCAAGAGACCUAUGUGGUUAUCACACUGCCAUCUGAACCCGGGACCCCAACUGAUGUUGUCCCUGGUCAGGCCAUUAUCAGUUGGCCUGUUGUGUCACCUGCCAAGGAGCUUGCUUCAACAGAACCCGUGUUUUCCAUUGUUCCCUCAGUGACACCAGUAGACAGCCUCCACUUGAUGGAUCACCAGGUCUACCCCUCACGAGAUUUGGAGGGUCUUUCUGCUCUCCCAGCCACAGCACCAUCUGUCUUUCAAGCAGCCCCAAGUUCUGAAAUACCCUUCGUAAUGGCAGACAUUACGAAAACAGUGGUUUUGGGUACUGAUGAUACAGCAUCUACCACUGUUUUAGAUAGUGUUUCUAUAACCAUUCCUACAGAGCCCCUGCCUGUAGAGAAACAUAGAUUUGAUGAUGUCAUCGAUCUCCGCACUCUAUCAAAGAUGGACAGGGAAAGAAGCGGCAGCUGCGUGGAUCUCUCUGCUUCUCCACUGGAUGUGAGAAAGCAGACUACCUCCGGCAAUGCAUAUGUCAGACAAGUGAGCACUUUCCAACCCGCGAUAAUAAAUCUCAGUUCAAUGUCACCAGUGGCCCCACCGCUACCUUCGGUUCCUGAAGCCAUUAAGGUAAAGCCUUGCACAACGAGCGCACAGUACAGUACAAGUACCGAAAGCCUCGUGGGUAUCCUGCAGUCGACGUCAACACCACUCCAGCUAACAUCUAAACGUGCUGAGUCUACCUACAGGUUAACUAGCAGUCAGAUAUUCUUUACACCAAAAGAGGAAGUGCCAAUCAAUUUAUCCCUGGCUCCUUCAGCUCACGCAGUUACCCAGGCUGCCGUAGAACCCAUCUCUGCCACUCCUGUGGGUGUCACAAAUGGCUGGGCAGACGUCUCCCCUCUGGAUGGUGGAGCCGUGGAUCUCAGCACCACAAAAACACACCGCAUGAUGGUUACCAUAGACGAGUCUACUCGGGGAGUCGUGACCACGGUAAUAGAGGAUGAUGACAAGCCUGUCGAUUUGACUGCAGGGAGAAGAGCUGUCUGCUGUGAUGUGGUGUAUAAAUUACCGUUUGGAAGAAGCUGCACAGCUCAGCAGCCUGUGACGACGCUGCCGGAAGAUCGCUUUGGUUACCGAGAUGACCAUUAUCAGUAUGAUCGAUCUGGAGCUUAUGGUUCUCGAGGAAUUGGGGGCAUGAAGCCCUCCAUGUCUGACACUAAUUUGGCUGAGGCUGGACUUUUUAUGUAUAAAAGUAAAAAUGCUUUUGACUAUGCUGCAGGAACUGAUGCAGCAGUUGAUCUAACUUCUGGGAGAAUAACCACAGGUGAGGUAAUGGAUUACUCAAACAAGACCACAGGUCCUUAUCCAGAGACACGACAAGUCAUUUCAGGCAUCGGGAUUGGUGCACCCCAGUAUUCCACAGCAAGGAUGACUCCGCCUCUGGGAACCCAGUAUGGCAUGGGGAGUGUGUUAAGAUCAUCCAACGGCGUAGUGUAUUCUUCAGUAGCAACUCCCAUCCCCUCCACAUUCGCCAUCACCACGCAGCCCGGUUCGAUUUUCAGUACAACAGUAAGAGAUUUGUCUAGCAUGCAGGGGAGUGAUGCAGUGACCUCAUUAUCUGCCUUGCACCAGAGCCAGCCAUUACCUAGAGCCUACGGUUUCUUGACAACUGGGGCAUCGGAUAAGGAGGGUACGGUGGGCCCUGUGGCUAUCGACACAAAUUUGCACAUGCCAGCUCUGGAAAGCCUGACUCCUGAGCCAGGUGAGGUGAUUCCCACUAUGACCUCAGCUUCUGAAGUGUUUCCCAAAGUUCCAGCGGGUGAGAGCGCCCUCAUCAUUGUCCCAGAAGAGGACAAACAGCAGCAACUUGACCUGGAACGAGAGCUCUUGGAGCUUGAGAAAAUCAAGCAGCAGCGGUUCGCGGAGGAGUUGGAGUGGGAGCGACAGGAAAUCCAGAGGUUCAGAGAACAGGAGAAGUUCAUGGUGCAAAAGAAGCUGGAAGAAUUGCAGUCUAUGAAACAGCACCUCCUGUACCAGCAAGAGGAGGAGAGACAGGCUCAGUUCAUGAUGAGGCAGGAAACCUUAGCCCAGCAGCAACUGCAGCUCGAGCAAAUUCAACAACUUCAGCAGCAACUGCACCAGCAGCUGGAGGAGCAGAAGAUCCGCCAGAUAUACCAGUAUAACUUUGAUCAUUCAGGAACAGCCUCACCGCAAACUGCCGUGGAACAAGCAAUGCUGGAAGGUCAAUAUCCUGCCGCCGAAGCCGGUCAGUUUUGGACUUCAGAAGGCACCACAACAACGGUCCCUGCCGUGGUAGCCAUCGAGGUGCCGCAGAGUCAGGCCUGGUACACGGUUCAAUCAGAUGGGCUAGCCCAGUACAUCGCUCAGCCUAGCAUCCUGAGUUCUGUUUCUGACACCCCUAUGAAUGACGUUGUGGGGAAAGACGAUAAACAAGAGAAAAAGUGGAGCGGCGGCCCCAAGUUGCGCAGUCAGUAUGAAGAACAAGAGGGAAACGCUGGGGAAGAUCCCAGGUGCUUCAAAAAGAUAGUGGAUAGCGGAGUCCAAACUGAUGAUGAAGAUGGAGCAGAGCGAAGUUACACCAACAGGCGACGGAGAACUAAAAAGAGUGUCGAUACAAGUGUGCAGACAGAUGACGAGGACCAAGAUGACUGGGAUAUGCCCAACAGAUCGCGGAGAAAGUCUCGCGGAGGGAAAUACAGUGAUGGCGCCCCUGACGUGGACAAGACUAAGUCACUUUCCAAGGUCUCUAGUAUUGCCGUUCAAACUGUGGCAGAGAUCUCAGUACAGACCGAACCGGUAGGCACCAUAAGAACACCUUCAAUUCGGGCUCGAGUGGAUGCUAAAGUUGAAAUUGUCAAACACAUUUCAGCUCCAGAAAAGACAUACAAAGGUGGAAGCUUGGGGUGUCAAACAGAAGCAGACUCAGAAUCCCUAAGUCCCCAGUAUUUUCGUGUCACAUCUCCACCAAAAGACAAGAAGCGUCCAACACCACUAGAAAUAGGUUACUCCUCCCACCUGCGGGCAGAAUCCACCACACUACAGGUAGUUCCUUCCCCUCCCAAAUCUCCAAAAGUCCUGUAUUCACCUAUUUCACCACUUUCUCCAGGCAAAGCCUUAGAUUCAGCUUUUGUGCCCUAUGAAAAAGCCAUCACCGAUGACACUAGUCCACAAAAGAUAUUGCACCCAGAUAUGGCCAAGGUUUCUCCAGUAAGCCCCAAGUCUGCUAAGAUGAUGCAACGCUCUUUGUCUGAUCCCAAACCUCUAAGUCCAACAGCAGAAGACAGCUCCAGAGGUCAUUUUCAAUACACUGAGGGCUACUUGACCAAAGGUUCUCAGACUAUGACACCAUCAGGCACUCAGAAGAAGGUUAAGAGGACUCUGCCUAAUCCGCCUCCAGAAGAAACUUCACCUGGGACACAGUCAGCAUACAGCACUAUGGGAUCCGCUUCCCGGAGAAGAAUCUGUCGGACCACCACCAUGGCUCGGGCCAAAAUCCUCCAGGAUAUCGACCGAGAAUUAGAUCUGGUGGAGAGAGAGUCUGCGAAGCUGCGCAAGAAACAGGCUGAACUUGAUGAGGAAGAGAAGGAGAUUGACGCCAAGCUGAGGUACCUGGAAAUGGGAAUCAACAGGAGGAAAGAAGCUUUGCUAAAGGAAAGGGAAAAGCGUGAGCGAGCCUACCUCCAGGGAGUAGCCGAGGAGCGGGACUACAUGUCAGACAGUGAAGUGAGUAAUACCAGGCCAACGAGAAUAGAAAGUCAACAUGGCUUGGAAAGGCCAAGAACUGCACCACAAGCUGAAUUUAACCAGUUUAUUCCACCGCAAACCCAGCCAGAACCUCAGCUGGUCCCUCCUACCAGUCCAUACACCCAAUACCAGUUCUCCUCCCCUGCCCUCCCUACCCAAGCUCCAACUCAAUACCCACAACCCCCUCAUUACCAACAGCAGCCGUUGUACCACCAGCCAGUUUCACCCUAUCAGACCCAAUCGACCUUCCAAACUGUGGCCACCAUGUCUUUCACGCCACAGACUCAGCCCCCUCCGGCCCCUCAACCAUCCUACCAACUGCCCUCCCAGAUGAUGGUGAUACAGCAAAAGCCCAGGCAAACCACACUGUACUUGGAACCCAAGAUAACAUCCAACUACGAGGUGAUUCACAAUCAGCCCCUCAUGAUAGCUCCAGUGUCAACGGAUAAUACUUAUGCCGUCUCCCACCUGGGCAGUAAGUACAAUAGCUUGGACUUGAGAAUUGGCCUGGAGGAGCGAGGUAGCAUGGCGAGCAGCCCGAUCUCGAGCAUAUCUGCCGACUCUUUUUAUGCCGACAUAGAACACCAUACGCCACGGAAUUAUGUCCUGAUAGAUGAUAUCGGGGAACUCACAAAGGGAACUGCAGCUCUGAGUACUGCAUUCAGCCUCCAUGACAAGGAUCUGACCAAAACGGAUCGCCUCCUUAGAAGCACGGAGGCACGGAGGACCCAAGAAGUGUCGGACUUCCUAGCACCCCUGCCAACUUCUUCCAGACUCCACACAUACGUGAAGGCUGAAGAAGACCCAAUGGAGGACCCGUACGAGUUGAAGCUGCUCAAGCAUCAGAUCAAGCAGGAAUUCCGCAGGGGAGCGGAGAGCUUGGACCACCUUGCCGGCAUCUCGCAGUACUACCACGCAGAUACCAGCUAUAGACAUUUCCCCAAAUCUGAAAAGUAUAGUAUAGGUAGGCUGACUCUGGAAAAGCAAGCUGCCAAGCAACUCCCAGCCGCAAUCCUGUAUCAGAAGCAGGCGAAGCACAAGAAGUCGCUAAUGGACCCCAAAAUAUCCAAAUUUUCACCCAUACAAGAGAGCCGAGACCUGGAGCCGGAUUACUCGAGCUAUAUGACUUCCAGUACAUCAUCCAUCGGAAGCCUCUCCUCUAGGGCGAGGCUUCUUCAGGAUGACAUCACUUUUGGCCUCAGGAAAAACAUCUCAGAGCAACAAAAGUUCGGAGCGGGCCUGGGCACCUUAGGAACAACAAUGCGGGCCGCGUUGCAGGAAGAGGCAGACAAACCGUACGCCAGUGGCAGCAGAUCCAGGCCUUCAUCCAGACCUUCCUCCGUCUAUGGGCUCGAUCUGUCACUCAAGAGAGAUCUGUCCAGUUCUUCUUUAAGACUGAAGGCCCAAGAGGCUGAGGCGCUCGAGGUCUCCCUCAGCCACGCGGCACCUUCUGGGCGCGCUAAGCCAACCAGCCUUCCCAUCAGCCAAAGCAGAGGAAGAAUCCCAAUCGUGGCCCAGAACUCUGAAGAAGAAAGCCCUCUGAGUCCCGUCGGGCAGCCGAUGGGGAUGGCCAGGGCUGCAGCCGGCCCACUGCCGCCCAUCUCUGCGGACACCAGGGACCAGUUUGGCUCAAGCCAUUCUCUGCCUGAAGUGCAGCAGCACAUGAGAGAAGAGUCACGCACAAGAGGCUACGAUCGGGAUAUUGCCUUCAUCAUGGACGACUUCCAACAUGCCAUGUCUGACAGCGAAGCCUAUCACCUACGUCGUGAAGAAACCGAUUGGUUUGACAAGCCCAGGGAGCCUCGCUUGGAGAACGGACAAGGUCUUGACCGAAAACUGCCAGAGAGACUGGUCCAUUCGAGACCACUCAGUCAACAUCAAGAACAAAUGAAUGGCAAACCUAUACAAUACAUCUUUCCUCAUGCAAGGAUAAAGCUACUGAGGGAACCAAAGGAUCACACCAUUUCAGGCAAUGGAUUAGGAAUCAGAAUUGUAGGUGGCAAAGAGAUUCCAGGAAAUAAUGGUGAAAUUGGAGCCUAUAUCGCCAAGAUCCUUCCUGGGAGCAAUGCAGAGCAGACAGGAAAACUCAUGGAAGGAAUGCAGGUGCUGGAAUGGAAUGGAAUUCCCCUAACAUCCAAAACCUAUGAAGAAGUCCAGUGCAUCAUUAAUCAGCAAAGCAGGGAAGCAGAAAUAUGUGUAAGACUGGAUCUCAACAUGCUGUCAGAUUCAGAGUAUCCCCAGAACCUGGAACUACAUGAAUCCCCUAAGGCUGGACUUCCUUUGAAGUCAAUGAAAGUUUCUCAUAAUGAAGACUUAUGUGAAGGUGCAAAAGGGAACAAAGUGGACAAAGCAAAAUCUCCAGGUGUGGACCCAAAACAGUUAGCAGCUGAACUCCAGAAGGUCUCUCUGCAGCAGUCGCCCCUGGUUGUGUCUUCAGCAGUUGAAAAGGGUUCUCAUGGACAUUCAGGACCUGCGUCGGCAGCAUCCAGUGCCGUCCCCAGUCCUGGCCAACCCGCAUCCCCCUCAGUGAGCAAAAAAAGACACAGCAGCAAGCCUGCUGAUGCAACAAAAUCCAUCACUCAUCCAAUUACUGGAGAAAUCCAGCUUCAAAUAAACUAUGACAAGCAUCUUGGAAAUCUUAUCAUACAUAUUCUUCAAGCAAGAAACCUUGUGCCCAGAGACAAUAAUGGUUAUUCUGACCCUUUUGUCAAGGUCUAUCUUCUUCCAGGGAGAGGCCAAGUUAUGGUUGUCCAGAAUGCAAGUGCUGAGUACAAAAGGAGGACAAAAUAUGUUCAGAAAAGCUUGAAUCCUGAAUGGAAUCAAACAGUAAUUUAUAAAAACAUCUCAAUGGAGCAGCUCAAGAAGAAAACUCUGGAAGUGACCAUAUGGGAUUAUGAUAGAUUCUCCUCCAAUGAUUUUCUUGGUGAGGUGUUGAUAGAACUGUCUAGUACUUCUCAUCUUGACAACAGCCCUCGAUGGUACAUUCUGAAAGAGCAGACUGAGAGUAUUGACCAUGGAAAAUCCCAUUCUAGUCAAAGCAGUCAGCAAUCACCAAAGACAUCUGUCAUCAAGAGUAGAAGCCAUGGAAUCUUUCCAGAUCCAUCCAAGGACAUGCAGGUACCGACCAUUGAGAAGUCCCACAGUAGUCCCGGCAGCUCCAAGUCCUCCUCAGAAGGCCAUCUCCGCUCUCAUGGACCAUCACGUAGUCAAAGCAAGACCAGCGUCACUCAGACCCACCUCGAAGAUGCUGGGGUAGCCAUCGCAGCCGCUGAAGCAGCGGUGCAACAACUCCGCCUGCAACCAACAGCACAUAAAAGCGGUCAGUCUAAUCAUGCCAGGAAGCAGCACAGACACAGCAUAGCAGGAUUCCUCCCAAUUCAAAGAACUCAGUCUGACAAUCUGCCUCCACCAGCCAGUGACAACAAAGACCCAAGCCAGCUAGCCCUCAGGAAAGUGAUGUCUGAUGGACCAGUCAAACCGGAAGGAGCCAGGCCCAUCAAUCACCGGCCUGCUGAGAGCUCCAUUUCCACUGGCUCAUCAGUCAGCAGCUUUGGCAGUGGAUAUAGUGUGGACAGUGAAGGAAGCAGCGGCACCGUGGGAGACACUAAUCACUUUCCAAUCCCAAGAAUAGGAAAGAUGAGCCAAAGUGGACAAGAGCCCGGGAAGCAGCCCGGAAUGGGACUAACCGAUGUAGAAGGCAAAACCCAGGUAAUGGGAGAAAUUAAGAUUGCUUUGAAGAAGGAAAUGAAGACAGAUGGAGAACAAUUAAUAGUUGAGAUACUCCAAUGCAGAAACAUCACAUACAAAUUUAAAUCUCCUGAUCAUUUACCAGAUUUGUAUGUGAAGCUUUAUGUGAUCAACAUCUCGACCCAGAAAAGAGUGAUUAAAAAGAAGACUAGGGUGUGUCGCCAUGACCGAGAGCCUUCCUUUAAUGAAACAUUUAGGUUCAGUUUGAGUCCUGCUGGUCAUUCUCUUCAGAUAUUGCUUGUCUCCAACGGAGGGAAGUUUAUGAAAAAGACUCUGAUUGGUGAAGCUUAUAUCUGGCUUGAUAAAUUGGAUUUGAGGAAAAGAAUUGUGAACUGGCACAAACUCUUGGUCAGUCCUACUCAAACACAUUGAAGGCAUGUGCCUGUUUAGGGCAAGGAAACUUAUCAGUCUGCUAUGGUUAGCACCCUAUCAAAACUUUACUUCGGUACUGUUGUGUUUAACUAGAAAAUAAAAUAGGAAAAGGGUGCAAUGGUGCAACACAGAAUACUUUUACAGCCUUAUCAAUUGUCGUUGCUGAAAAAUGCCCAAAGACCAGGCCUCAAACAUAAAGUUUGGGUGUUUCUGAGAUAAUGAUGUUCUGUGAAGUUGGAGUUUUUAUGGACCGCUAAGAAAAUAACUGUGAAGGAAAUAUUGAAUGUUUAAGGUAGGGAUAUUUGUACAAGUUUGUCUGCUACCUGGCAGCAGAGGUUCAGAGAAUAAUGGGAUUUUCAGUGCAAUACACAGAAGACGUUUUAUUCAAAAGCACUUGAGUAAAAGCAAAGACUGACUUUCCAAAUAUUUCUUAAGUGUAAAAAUUGUCCUUCUAUACCUUAAGCUCUGCAAUCAUUUACUGGUGAGAUGAUACUGGAGGAUUCACAUUACAGAAUCCCUGCUGAGUGGAAACAUAAAAGGAAAAAAAAGAAAAGGAAAGGAAAGUUAUCUUAGAGAUUGGGCUCCUAGGGAUUCCAUUUUGUUUCUGCAUGUAGCAAUGGGGCUAAAAAGCAUGGUUCUUCAAUCAGAGAAGACGAAAGCACAUUAAUGAAAUUCUACCCCAUAUAGGUUGAAAUAGUUUGUUCUGCAGCUAGGUCAGGGUGGAAAUGCAAUGGAAUGAGAUAAAAUAAAUGGCAUUUAUCUUGCAAAGGAAGCUAUGGUUUUUCAGACUAGGAUUAUUGCCUCAAAAGCUUUAGGAUUUACACUGCAUUGUAAAAUAUUUUUUUUUAAGACUUCAUCCAACCAUAUAGGAAAAUAACCUGUAGGUACUAGAAACCCUAUAUUUAAUGUGGUGUAUUCUAGGAAGCUUGACAGUAUCUUUGUGGAAUCUCAGACCAAUGAAACGUGACCCUCCUUCCUCUAAAACAACAACAACAAAAAUUAUCUUACCUAUAUAAUUUAUAUUCAUGGGUGUAUUUCAAGAGUUAUCAAAAUUCCCCUUCUGGUAAACGAUUGUAGAUAGUUCCCUUCAAAUGGAUGUUAGAAUAUAUCUGUGUUUUUAAAAUAGAAUUAAGUUUCCAGGCUAUAAACAUUGGAUUUGGUGGAAAAUCCUUUCUAGUUGAGUCUAGCCAAUCUCUAACUUCUUUCAUUAUCAGAUGAAAAAUAAAAUCACUCUGAUCAUGUUUAAAAUCAAUCAAAAUGAAAAUGGGGAUCAAUUUAAUUUUAAACUUUGAAGAUGCAAAAUAUCAUUCAUGUAAAGCUACAUGGGUUGAUUAUUGCUCUUGCUACAGGAUCAUUUGUUUUUAAUAUUUAGAAAGUACAAAUUGAUCAAGGACUGAGCUGCUCUGAAAGAGAUGCUUAAUUCAUCCUACAGAAGAUUUUUAAAAUAAUGCUUCCUCCUAGUUUCAUUAAGCAGAUCACAUCAUAUGUCCCAUAAUCCAGGCUGGUAUAUAUGAGGUAAAAUGCAUUCACAUCUCUUUCUAACAAAGGUAACUAUUAUCACAUAAGAAGACAAAGCUAAAAUCGUUUCAAGUGAGUUUUUUUCCAUUCUUUUUUUUUUUUUUGGUUUCUUUCACCCAUUUGAAGAGUGGGAAAUGGAAAAUACAAUCAGAUGGAUGAUAAGGGGAGCCACAAUUAAAGCAAUCCAGUCUUCAUUCACAGUAUUUAGCUUUUUUCCUCACUCCAUUUGUCCCCUUCAACCAGUGAAUUUAAGGGCUAACUAAGCACACAUCUUAUCACAACCCUGCAAGGCUUGUAACCAAUGAAAGAUUACAGGUCCAUUUGAGUAGAGUAUGAGUCACAGGGAAUACUGAAAUUUUGAAUCCGUGUGUUUUUCAUCGAAACCCAAGCACCCUAUAAAUUUAGCCUUUUGAAACUAGAGGUCCUAAGCAAAUGUAUAGCACCCAAGAUCAAUUGCCUGGACAUAUUACUUAUAAAGAACAUAUAUUAUUUAUUGAAAGAAAAAAACAUUUACUGCCACCUUCUUCCCCUAAUGAAACUCUAAGUAUCCACUGUUUGUUUUUUUCCAUAGUGGCAUAGAAAAAAGAAAAAUGUAACUUCCAAAGCCAUUUGUAAAAUGGGACUUAUGGAAAAAUCACCUGAAAUUUUGAUAUUGUUAAGAAUUUAUUUCUAAUAAGCAAGGCAUGGUGGCUGUUUCCAUGGAAAUCUUCAGCAGAUGCUAGCUCUUCCUAGAUCAGUUAUGAGGAAACUUGUCAUCCUUAUUUGCAAAAGUACAUUUGUCAACCUUCCUUCUGAUACAGAAUACUUCUGCUACUUUCCCUUAGAAGGCUCAGUCUUAGGACAAAGUUGAAACUAUUUGGCAUUAUACUCUGGCCCCAUGUUUUUUUUUUAAUUAAUUCCCAGGAGUGAUCAAACAUCUCACUUGAGGUGCAUUCUCCUGAGUAAGGUCAGAUGAUCACCAGAGAAUUGCCCUCCCACCUACUCUGCCCAUCAGUUAAAAAAAGUAUACCUGGGGCUGAGGCAUCAACACUAUGAAACUAGACAGAGUUUAACUUUAGUACAUGGCCUCUUAUAUGUCCACAUCAAUUCAGAGAUAAUAAGAUGGUUUUUAAGUCUGCCAAGUCUAUAUUUGACCAAACGUAUAGGGUGUGCUGAAAUUAUUCUAUGCAACAUGGAUUCACAUUUGAGUGCAUUUCUUUUAAAUGAUGCUAACAGCCCUUUUUAAACAACACAGUUUCACUUUCAACCAAAAAUAAGAUUCAGCAUUUUUACAUAUAUUUUUCAGAAUAUGUCUGUCUACAUUUUUUGGCAUCUGAUCUUAAUCUUGGGGCCGGAUUACAGGGAAAUGUCAACAGAACUUGUGAUUUCUGAAUUAUUUUAUAUUAGAUUGAUAUAUUCCAUCACUCCUUUCUGAAUGUGUAUGUUAUCCAUGUACAAUAGCAAAGGAAUUUUUCUUUUUUCCCCACAAGCCCACUGAGUUAACAGAGAUUGAAGUUGCCCCUUGGUUCAAGGCCUUGUGCAGUGGAAAUAAGGUGAAAUAAGUAGCAGUAAAAGCACAGUGUGAGUGUUUACACAUGACUGGGAUAUAUAACAUAGUUAAUCUUAUUCAUGUAGACAGCAGCAAGAAGUUGUUUUACCCUGGUUCUGCAAUAGGGUCAGGAGUUUCUAUGGUGAAUGUGAACUAGUUAUUUACAAUUACAGUUUAAAGGGAUAGUAUCCAAGGCAGAAUGAAGGGAUGAAAUCUGCUUCUUUAAUAUUACCCACAUUUUUUACAUUAAAUUAAUCUCAUUAAAUAAAGCCAUUCACAAUAUCAACUGUUAAUUUUGUGAAUUCACAUAUAUUAAAAAAAUUGUCAUCUUGUGGGGAGUACUGUAGCUGGUAACCAGCUGAUAUUGAUACUUAUACAGGGAUGUUGAUGGUGUGAUAAUGAAAUAAAUAAGCACCUAUUAUUAAAAAGCUAUUGUGCCCAAUUGAAUAGAAAUUAUUUGACCGCUGUUUAGUAUCAUGAAGAUAUCAUAAAGAUGUUUAUAGUAUUUUUUUACUUUAUUUAAAUCAUAAUUGACAAUAUUUUUAAGUACUUAUUUUCAUUGCUACAGUGUCUAAUAUCCCAAAUUCUGCCAACUUUAUCUAUAUCUGUAUAUACAUAUGUGUAUAGCAGAAUGAAUUGCAUCUGUGUUAAACAUAAAACUGAAAUGGAAAUGUGAGAAAGCUCAAUGAAAGUAUCCAGCUAAUAAGGCUGUUUAUUUCAAAUGACUAGAUGCCUUUAAUGGCUGAUUUGAACAAAUACGUAAAAUGGAUACUCUCUCUUUAAAUUAUAAGAGGCAUUUUGAUGUUUUGUGUAUGUUCUGUUUCAUUCUUUAAAAUAAAUGAGUUACUGGGGAUUAAAAAAAAUCAAUUAAAAAAAUCAUUAACUAAUAGUAGUGAUUUGAGAAAGCAGUUUCUUAAUUUGUUACCCUGUAAAUAGGUAUACAUUUUGUAAGACAGAUAAGUUUGAAUUAUUAAUUCCGUCUGGCAUUCCGCAUGUGAAUGUGAAUAUCAUUUUUGACUGUAUCUGUAUAUCUGUUCAGUGCCGUGCUCAGGUGUUCUACAAUGACCAAGUCAUGUGUGUGCUGUCAUCCUAUCUAAAAAGUGUACAGCAUACCUCAUGUUCAGAAAGAUUUCACUUCCCCAUACAAAAAAUUCAUUUUAAAAAAAGUAGUCCUUGGAGAAAAUGUCAUGUUUCUAAAUUGAAUGUCGCAUGCAGUGAUGGUAGUUUGUUAAUAUCUUUUUUGUAUUAUGAUUUUUAUUUUGCCUCCAAAUUAUCUCUGGAAGACAUAUUUAAAUAUUUGUUCUAAAACUUGUAUAAAUUGAAAUGAAAAUACACGAGAAUUGUAUAAAGAAAAUACUUGUAAAUCUGUCUCAGUUUUCAUUCUAUGUAAAAAUCCAUGUCAUGGUUUUGUGAUUGUAUACAAGAUGUAUCUUGAAACUUAUGCAAAUUGUGCUGUAAAAAGGCUGUUUACCCCAGUCUGACUAAUAAAUAUUGAAAAUUCCA